AUGGGCUCAGUAUCUGGUCCCAACUCCCCUUCUGAGUCUCUGUCCCAGGAUCACGAUGCACUACCACAGUAUGGGUUUGGUCCUGACGUAGCAUUUAAGAAGCUAGUUGAUAGCAACCCGUUUCUCUUCCGCGUCCACACUCCGAAGGAGUCGUCCCCCUUUUAUGAUCGAACAGAGCCAUAUUUUUCAGGGCAGCUCUUUGAUGAUAAGGUCUCUUCUGGGAACUUCUUGCGCGACUCUGCAUCUCCUUCUCCCUAUCGCACUCCAACACAGAGCACAUACGCCGACGUUGCGCAGUACAUGAACUGGACGACUCGGUCGUCAUCACCGUAUGUGUCGACAUCCUUCAGUUUCGCGUGGGCGAUAUGGGAAGCCACUCGGAGAUAUCACCAUGGCGUGAAGCAUGCGGUUGAGAUCGCGAUCAUCGAUGCGAAAGCAGUAGCUUCACGAGCGGUGACUGCUGUUGAGCUCUUGCGACAGGGCGAUCCCAAAGAUCGGCAUAAAGACCACUGGAAGUGGUAUCGGUUUGCCCUCGAGGCGCAGGACGUCCUCGUGUGGGGCUUCAUCCCGGGCACAGCGGUCCUUGCAUCCGUCCCACUCAUCCAGAUCCUGACCAAACUGCCUUCCUACUUUCUCUCGCCCGACCCAGCCGCGAAGGAGUCGCCGCUGUCCCAGCUUGGCUGGGAUUACAUCCGCAAGAAGCCCAGCUAUCGGCAGUUCUGCGAGGACAUGCAGGAGCGGUUCCUGCGUUUGUCUAUAGACCGACGCAUGCGCGACACGACAACGGGUGCAACUCGUCUAGCGGUCUCAUUCCUGCGUCCGUACUUCCAUAAGCUCGUGCUCGAUGACUUCACAUACGCGACCGUCACCGUGUGCGACCUCGCGUUUGUCAUCGCGCGUUGGCCUGGUCUGGGGUGGGUCCGCGAGCACCCCGAGAUCCGCGAUCUCAUCCGAGGUAUGGUUCACAUCGUCGGAGAGGAGAUGCGUGAGGCGAGCAAGGUCCAAGAACUUGCAGACGCGAACCGCAUGCAGGAUAUCAUGGGCGGCCUCGAGCACCUGGCGAAGACCUAUCAGGCCAAACACCAGUGUCACCGAUACCUGACUACGCCUUCUGUGACGACCAUUGGGACCCCAACCGAGAACGAGGAGGUCGCUCCCCUGGACAUUGCUGAGGUCAUAUCAGAAACAGCAUCUCAGGCAGAGCUGGAGCCGGAGCCGGAGCCAAAGUCCAUGAUUGACCUUACGACUUCUGCGACUUCUGUUACGGCCACGACGAAUGCAAUGACGAUAACAGAGAAGGAGACUGUACCGAUGACAGCGAAAGAGGUUGCCGAGAAACAGGGCUCGAGGUCGAUCCUAGGGUCUUCUUCCGCGUUAUCGCUGGAGUCCUUGGUGAUGACGGCGUCCUGCAUUCUCACCGGUUUCUUCUUCGGAACCUUCGUCACACUGGCCAUGUUGUCUUCGCACAGGCGAGAGAUUGCGAACCACUUCACAUGA